UGAGUGAAACUGAACGUGAAAUAGGUGAAAGAGCCGGAAAUCUCCAUUAAUUGAAUUCUUGGAUAAGUUGACAAACACCGGCACGGACCAAUUAACGGCAAUAAAGUCUUCCUUUCKAAAAUCCACUUAACCAAACUGUACAAAUUGACUAGCUUUAUCGGAUCACUAUACUUAGUGUCUUAAUUUGUUGACUUCGAAUGAACUAGGCGUGCAUCGAUCAACUCUUCUGUCAUGACUUUCAACUGCGAUCAAACGUUCUGAUCGUGCCUAGUUUCAAACUUGGUUCGUUGAUAAUGAAUCUGAAUGUAGUUAAAGAUGUUGUUCGUUCCAAACAAUCCCUGGAGGCAUCAGAUGUCGAGGAACACCAACGAGAGUCCUUACUGGAUAGUGAUACAYGUAKAGUUAGCAGCAYCGWCUGUGAGACUGAAGAGGACUGGGGGUGGUUGAAURUWAGACCAAAAUGUUUACAAUGGUUAAACACUUCACGAUGGAUGUUGGUGUUUGUUUGUUUGCUGACAGUGUUUCAAGGUAUGGCGGUCUAUACCUUCAUUCAAAUGUCUCUUCCCUCUCUAGAGAAGAGGUUUCUAUUMAACAGCAAGGAAACAGGGUUCAUAAUCUCAUCUCUGGAUAUUACGUCUAUGAUAUUUGGUGUAGUGAUCAGUUUUUAUGGAGGACAUAGUCCCAAGGGCAAGUGGUUAGGGUGUGGCGCCAUCAUUACUGGAAUCUCUUCAUGUUUGUACUCGCUACCGCACUUUUUGAGCGACUCUUUCGACCCAACAUCGGUUUUGACUGGUCGUCCUCCAUAUUGUUUCUUGAACCAUUCGUCCUUUUCUCAAGACCUGACAUGCAAUUCAAGAUCAUCUUCAUCGACGUUCUAUGCGGUUUUUGUAAUUUCUCAGCUUCUUGCAGGUAUAGGUUCGGCUCCAAUGCUGACUAUAGCACCUGCUUGGCUUGAUGAAAACGUCCACCCCAAACACGUUAGUUUAUAUUUAGGGAUUUUUUUCACUUCCUUUGUUCUUGGUCCAAGUUUUGGAUCUUUGAUUGGCGGGAAACUGUUGGAGAUUUAUGUGGAGCUAUCGCAGCCUCCAGGUGUUCAUCUUCAUCCGCGAGAUCAGCGUUGGAUAGGAGCCUGGUGGCUAGGUCCAUUAGGUGUUGGCUUUGUUCUUAUAUUGUUUGGGUUCCUUGUUCUUGGUUUCCCGAGCAAAUUACCAGGCUCACAACGCAUGCGCAAUGAGGCUGUUCAGAAUGGUUACAUUAUAAAGAAGAAUAACGCUAUCCAUGGAUCAUUAAAAGACAUGAUUCCUGCUACUAGACUACUCUUUACCAACUGUCCUCUUGUGUCUUUUAAAUGGAGAUGUUACAUUCUAUCUUAUAGCACCUCYAGUCUUGGUUUAGAMAGCGCGUGCAAUGAAGGUUGUCAAUGUACGACAUCAAAAUAYAUGCCACUUUGUGGYRAUGGUGGUGUCAAUUACUUCUCUCCGUGCUACGCUGGCUGUCCGUUGAAGAAUCAAACAAAGGGUUUCUUUACAAACUGCUCUUGUGCACCUCAUAUCGAAACUGACGUAACGUCGGUGCUAAAGACGGGAAUGUGUAAGAAGAGGUGCGACUAUUCCUACCUUUUCUUUGGAAUCUUGUUUGCUAUGACGAUCAUUGGAGUCAGUGAUAGCAUUCCAAGCGAGAUAGUUAUGUUUAGGUCUGUACCUGAUAACCAGCGGUCUUAUGCCUUAGGAAUUCAGUUUGUUUUAAGUAAGCUAAUGGCUUCAGUUCCUGGGCCAAUCAUCAUCGGUUACGUCAUCGACCAAAUCUGCUCGCUAUGGAAAACUAAGUGCGGUCAGCGGGGAAAUUGUUUGAAUUAUGACUAUGACAAGUUAGGUUGGAUAAUCGUGUCAUAUGCAAUACCUCUCAAAGUGUUAUCUCUGCUGUUCUACUUCCUGUCCUGGCCAAAUNUAAAGACGGGAAUGUGUAAGAAGAGGUGUGACUAUUCCUACCUUUUCUUUGGAAUCUUGUUUGCUAUGACGAUCAUUGGAGUCAGUGAUAGUAUUCCAAGCGAGAUAGUUAUGUUUAGGUCUGUACCUGAUAAYCAGCGGUCUUAUGCCUUAGGAAUUCAGUUUGUUUUAAGUAAGCUAAUGGCUUCAGUUCCUGGGCCAAUCAUCAUCGGUUACGUCAUCGACCAAACCUGUUCGCUAUGGAAAACUAAGUGCGGUCAGCGGGGAAAUUGUUUGAAUUAUGACUAUGACAAGUUAGGUUGGAUCAUCGUGUCAUAUGCAAUACCUCUCAAAGUGUUAUCUCUGCUGUUCUACUUCCUGUCCUGGUAUUAUUGUAAGGACUUGGAUGACGUGACAGAUGUCACAACACCUAAUCAUCCRGGAAAGAACACCGCUGAGUAAAAUAGGCCAAAUUGGUCUAUUGCAGAACUUCAAAUAAUGAUAACAAUUAUAGCUUAUUGAUAUUAAUAUAUCAAUAGUUAAUUGAUAAUGGCUUACUGUUAAUAGUAAACAUUAGGAAGAUAGUAAAUCAAGAAGUAGUAGUAAGGAAGACAGAGCACAAGCGUCUGUUAGUGAAGAAUACGGGAGGGGGGAGGCACUCCUCCCUCUAUUGAUCUUACAAGUUUACGUCCGACAAUUUGCGCAUUGGCGCGUGAUGGUGUGCACAUCAUUGUGGAAUAGAUGUAGAAAAUCAUUUUACAAUGAUGAUGAAACAACAAUGUACUAUUAACAAUGUUAAUCUACGAUUUCAGGACACACUUAUGUUAUGUUAAAAUGCUUCGUACGAGGGUGGUGGAGGGAGGGGGAUUUCGGCCUGAUUUUCAAAGUAGCAGUUGKUCAAUUGAAGGCAGUUGUGCAGUAGAUUCGGUAGGUAGCAAUGCAAGUAUAAAAAUCAGACAUCGUUAAAUCAUUAGAUGUUCUUAGAUCAGUA